CUUCUCAUUCACCGUCUUGAUCUCUUGCUUUCCUACUUUCUCUCUUAAAAUUACAAAAUGGCCACCGAAAGCUUUGGAUUCCAAGCUGAAAUCAGCCAGCUCCUGGAUCUGAUUAUCAACACCUUUUACUCGAACAAGGAGAUUUUCCUACGGGAGAUCAUCUCCAACGCUUCUGAUGCGCUCGACAAAAUCCGUUAUGCAUCUCUCACCGAGCCUUCAGUCCUCGACACCGAGAAGGAGCUCGUCAUCCGUAUCGUGCCCCACAAGGAGCAAAAACCUGACAUGGUCAACAACCUCGGUACCAUCGCCAAGUCUGGUACAAAGGGAUUCAUGGAAGCUCUCAGCUCUGGCGCUGAUAUUUCCAUGAUCGGCCAGUUCGGUGUGGGUUUCUACUCUGCGUACCUGGUUGCGGAGCGUGUGCAGGUUAUCUCGAAGCACAACGAUGAUGAGCAGUAUAUCUGGGAGUCGGCUGCGGGUGGGACUUUUACCAUCACGCUGGAUACGGUUAACCCGCCUCUUGGACGGGGUACGGAGAUUCGUCUGUACCUCAAGGAGGACCAGCUCGAGUACCUCGAGGAGAAGAAGAUUAAGGACAUCGUGAAGAAGCACUCUGAAUUUAUCUCUUACCCUAUCCAGUUGGCUGUUACCAAGGAGGUUGAGAAGGAAGUCGAGGAUGAGGAGGAAGAGGAGGUGACUGAAGAGAGCGGGGAGAAGCCCAAGAUUGAAGAAGUUGAGGACGACGAUGACAAGCCCAAGGAGAAGAAGACGAAAAAGAUCAAGGAGCAGGAGACGACGAACGAGGAGCUCAACAAGACCAAGCCUAUCUGGACUCGCAACCCUCAGGACAUCACGCAGGAGGAGUACGCGGCGUUUUACAAGAGUCUGACCAAUGAUUGGGAAGACCAUCUCGCUGUGAAGCACUUCUCCGUUGAGGGUCAACUCGAGUUCAAAGCUAUUCUGUUCAUUCCCAAGCGUGCACCCUUUGACUUGUUCGAGUCAAAGAAGAAGCGCAACAACAUCAAGUUGUACGUGCGCCGGGUGUUUAUCAUGGACGACUGCGAGGACUUGAUCCCCGAGUACCUGAACUUUGUGAAGGGUAUCGUGGACUCUGAGGAUCUUCCUCUGAACAUUUCUCGCGAGACGUUGCAGCAGAACAAGAUCCUCAAGGUUAUCCGCAAGAACAUUGUGAAAAAGUGCCUCGACUUGUUGUCGGAGAUCGCGGAGGACAAGGACAACUUUGCCAAGUUUUACGAGGCGUUUGGGAAGAACUUGAAGCUCGGUAUCCACGAGGAUGCGCAGAACCGGAGCAAGCUUGCGGAGUUUUUGCGGUUCUAUUCGACCAAGUCGACGGAGGAGCAAGUGUCGCUUAAAGAUUACAUCACGCGGAUGCCGGAGGUACAGAAGACGAUCUACUAUCUCACCGGUGAAUCGCUGGCCGCCGUAAAGGAGUCUCCGUUCCUGGAAGUGUUGAAGAAGAAGGGCUUUGAGGUUCUGCUGCUUGUUGACCCGAUCGACGAGUACGCGAUCACGCAAUUGAAAGAGUUUGACGGCAAAAAGUUGGGACUGGAGUUGGAAGAGACUGAGGACGAGAAGAAGCAGCGAGAAGAGGAGGCGUCAUCAUUUGAGGAGCUGUGCAAGGUUGUAAAGGAGGCGCUCGGUGACAAGGUUGAAAAAGUGAUCGUGUCGAACCGGAUCACGGAUUCUCCUUGCGUGCUUGUGACUGGACAGUUUGGGAUGGAGCGGAUCAUGAAGGCUCAGGCUCUCCGGGACUCGUCAAUGUCGUCUUACAUGGCACUGAACCCGACAAAUGCGAUCAUCAAGGAAUUGAAGCGGAAAGUUGGGGAGGACAAGGCGGACAAGUCAGUCCGGGAUCUGACGUAUUUGUUGUUUGAGACCGCGCUGUUGACGUCUGGAUUCACGCUGGAUGAGCCCACGUCGUUUGCUAAGCGGAUUCACCGAAUGAUUAGCCUGGGACUUGAUGUUGACGAGGAAGAGGAGGAUACGGCGAUCGAGACCGAUGCCCCUCCGCCGCUGGAGGCCACGUCUACGUCUGCCAUGGAAGAGAUUGAUUAAUAGGAGUUGUAUCUGUACUUAAUGCAUGAAAUGAUGACGGGUUGAUUUCGCUUGAUUUCGGUUAUUACGGCUUUGGA